AUGGAAGAAGAAGGUUCAAAGGGAAAAGCGAAGGAUGAAGAAGAGCAUGUAAAGUACAGAGGAGUACGUAGAAGGCCAUGGGGAAAAUAUGCAGCAGAGAUUCGUGACUCAAUGAAACAUGGUCAAAGGUCGUGGCUGGGAACAUUCACCACAGCAGAGGAUGCUGCUAGAGCCUAUGACAGAGCUGCAUAUGCCAUGAGAGGUCCCUUUGCAGUCCUCAAUUUUCCCGAUGAAUAUCCUCCUCCUGCGCCGACUGUUCCUUCGUCUUCUUCUUCAUCGUCUUCUUCUUCUUCAUCGUCUUCUUCUUCGUCUGUGUCCACUUCAAGCCAUGGACACGUGGAAAGAAGAGGAAGAAAUGAGGAUGAAAAUCAAGUGUUUGAGUUUGAGUACUUUGAUGACAAAUUGUUGGAGGAGCUUCUUGGUUAUGAUGAAGACAAAAGUAAGCAUGGGAAGUGAAACAUGGUACAUGUAUACAAUUUUACCUGAUACAAGGUAUGUCUGAAUAUAUAUGUUUUCAAAAGGUUAUCUCCUAAACUAUGAAUGUUUUUUAUUUUUUCCAACGGAGAGGUUGAGAAAAACUGUUCUAAACUUCGUAUAUCUAUCUAUAACCAUGUGAGACAUUACCUUUAAGGUUGUAAUGUGUAAUGUGGAUGUGAGAUUUAUAUUUGGGA